AUGCCAGAUUUCAAAUUCUCAGGAAGUAAUCACUACACAAGUCCUUUGCCUAUUUAUGAUAAACAAUCAAUUACAAACGCCAACUCCAAUGACCAACGACCACCACGUCCAAAUAUAGCACUCUCGAAGGAUAGAAAACGAAGGUUGUUCCCACUCGUGAAGCAUCCCCAUGAUUCUGGGAGUCAUGACAGUAACGCACCUGUAGAGUUCACCACAAGGGCUCGUGAUGAAAUUAAAAAGACAUUAUUUCUUAAGGAAUAUGGGUCUCAACAUAGUACAAGGAAAAUUAGUAAUACGAUAGAUAAUAAAUCUUUAUAUUCUUCUGAUUCAAGUUUGUUUUCUUUAUCUCAUUCUCAGAUGACUGAUGGCUCUAGUAUUUUAACCCAGGAAAAAUCUGUUAAUAUACCUUAUGUAUCACAAGCACCUUUGAUUCCAUUGGUCACUGAAAUCGCAUUAGAACAUGCAGUACCAUCUGAUUUUUCUGAUAUGUAUACACGGUCAACAUUAUUAACAAAUAGAAUGUUACCAAAUGGAAGACCUGAGUUUACUGUUCGUAACUUGAUUGAUUGGACAUUAAAUGACACGAGAUCGUUAUUAAUUAUCAAUGAAUUGAGACCUGAAUGGGGUAACAAACUACCUAAGAUCAUUGGUUCCGUUCUUCGAGGUUCCAAAUAUCGAUUUCAAUUGUUACCAUUAUAUUGUUCAGACGAAUUUCUCAUUGAAAGCCUUGUGAGUUCGGAUAUUUAUUUGGAGGCAAAUUUAGAUCAUGAAUUUCGAUUAAGAAGUGCCACUUAUAUUGUUAAGACUGCUAGAGAAAGACAUGAACUAAUGGCUGGAGGUGUGAAGGAAAUAUUCAUGUCAUUGCAAAAAUUUGAAUGGAGAAAUAUCAUUGAGAAUUUUCUUUUGAAUCUUGCUGUUGAAGCUCAAUGUCGCUAUGAUUUUAAACAUAAUUGUAGUGAAUAUAAAAAAUGGAAAAUGCAACAACAAGGUAUUUCGAUUCAUGAGACACCACAAAAGAUAUAUCUUUCUCCUAGCGAGAAAGAUAUGUUGUGGCAACAGUGUCAGUCGUUUGUUUAUGGACGUCUGAACCUGGAUUGGAAACCUGAUGCGCUUAACGAUAUAUAA